GGGCCGCUGUUUGGGAACCCCUCUAACAGCCCGUCCUCCCUCUGCACCUCUCCGGUAGUGACUUCAGCCCUGGAUUGGAGGGGGAGGAGCAGGCGGGGAGGCUCUUGCUCUGCUCCCAUGUUGAUGUUUUCUUGUUUUGCGAGGGUGGCAGCUCGGUGUGUUAGACAGGGACACGAUGUGCACGGAGGAGUUCAGACUGGCCUGUCUGCACGCUUCUUGGGGGAGAGCUGCAACUUUUUUUUUUUUUUUUUUUUUUUUCCUCUGAAAACGCGACUGAAUGGUGAAGAUUUUUUUUGAUAUUUGUCGCCGUCUGUUCCUGUGAAACCCUCGGACAUAUGUGCUGUGCGGUCCCGCUCGACUCGUGUUGUGUGCGCACAGACUCGUAGUGUCUCUCUCUUGAGGAUGCUGGAGCUCGUCUGAGAGCAGCCCAUCGUGUGGUCUUCCUCUGGAUACCCCUUCCCCUUUUUUUUUUGUAAACCAAGUUCAUCAGAUACUAAGGGCUUCAUGUAAGUCACAUUAACUUCUAAAAUGGUGUUGUUCGCUUUGUCGUCGGUUCGAAACAAACCUGGAUAAGGAAAGGAGAAGCUACGUGACAACACCCCGACACGACGACCAGCGUUACUUUGCUUUCGAGGCUCAGCUGCCCUGGGAUUUAUUCCGCUGUGGAGAUUUUUCAGCAGCCAUUGAUGCAUCUCGGGGUGUCUGAGUCCAUGAGAGAGUGCGAGUACAGUCAAAUAAGCACUCGCAGCUCAACACCAAUGGAGACCCCUUACAAGAAAAAGACCCAAAAGAAGAGGAAGUGGGAGUCCUUCCCAGGUCGAAAUAAAUUUUACUGCGAUGGGAGGAUUAUGAUGGCCAAGCAGACAGGGGUUUUCUACCUCACCCUGGUCCUCAUUCUAGUGACUUGUGGACUUUUCUUCACCUUUGAUUGUCCGUUCCUAGCUCUGCAGUUGACCCCAGUUAUCCCAGUCAUAGGAGGUGUGCUGUUUCUCUUUGUAUUGGGGACCCUCCUGAGAACCAGCUUCAGUGACCCAGGAGUGCUGCCUAGGGCCACCCCAGAUGAAGCAGCUGACCUCGAGAGGCAAAUAGAUGUUGCCAAUGGCAGCACAGGCUACAGGCCUCCUCCCAGAACUAAAGAGGUGGCCAUCAACGGCCAGACAGUCAAGCUGAAGUAUUGCUUCACCUGCAAGAUCUUCAGACCGCCUCGUGCCUCCCACUGCAGCCUCUGUGACAACUGUGUGGAACGUUUUGACCACCACUGUCCCUGGGUGGGAAACUGCGUGGGAAGAAGGAACUACCGUUUCUUCUACAUGUUCAUCCUCUCCCUCUCCUUCCUCACCAUCUUCAUCUUUGCCUUCGUCAUCACACACAUCAUUUUACGCUCCCAUCAACAUGGGUUCCUCAGCGCACUAAAAGACAGUCCUGCCAGUGUGAUGGAGGUGGUGGUGUGUUUCUUUUCUGUAUGGUCAAUAGUGGGCCUAUCAGGCUUCCAUACUUACCUAAUCAGCUCAAACCAGACGACCAAUGAAGAUAUAAAAGGGUCCUGGUCUUCUAAAAGAGGGAAAGACAACUAUAACCCGUACAGCCAUGGCAAUAUAUUCACCAACUGCUGUGCGGCGCUGUGUGGACCCCUUCCACCGAGUCUCAUCGACAGGCGGGGCUACAUCCAAUCAGAUACACCGCAGCUGGCACCACCGACCAAUGGCAUCACUAUGUACGGUGCCACACAGUCACAGCAGAGCCACAUGUGUGACCAAGACCAGUGCAUUCAGAGCACCAAAUUCGUUUUACAGGCCGCCGCCACACCUCUCCUCCAGCAGCAGAGCAGUGAGCCCGUCAUCCUGACCACUUCCCCUGAAAAUGGAGGAGCUCUAACUGGCCGCACGUCCCUCACCCUUGGUGGCCCGUGCACAUCACUCCCUCUCGGCCAGCCCACCCCUCCAACGUCCACUCCCAGCCUAAGCCUUCACGAGGCCACUGACAUGAUGCAGAUCCAUGGACACGGCCACACGCUUAACCACAGCCACCCGCUGCAGGAGCCCGGAGCCCACCACCACUUUCUCACUCCAGAGGAGGUGCCCUCGCCACCAGGUAUGCUUCCCUGCGGAAGCCCACUUGGUCACAGCCACACGGUGCAGACUGGCUUUUACAACCCCGCCAGUCAGGACUCCCUACACGAGGACUCUGUCCGAGGACUGGUUAAGCUCAGCUCUGUUUGACAGUGGGACCCCCAGAACACAUGCAUCUGUGAAAACUUCCCUGUGCCACUUUUGUGCCAGCUCGCUCCCACCCUGAAUUACUUUACCUUUGUCUCCUCUGCAGGACUAGAGAACUGAAAAAGGCUGUGGUUUAAAUUCAGCUGCUAGAAACUAAGAGGAAUUUAACUGAACUGGAGUGAAACCUGUUGUCCUCAGCCAAUGGUCUUGCCAAACCACUUUGGAAAUGACAGAGAUGUAUUUCUGGUAUGAUGGCCUGUAUUAAAGCUCAGACAUGCCCUUUUUUAAUUCAAGGGAAGCAUAAUCUGUUUGCUCCAGGAAACAUGAUGGUGAGUUUCUUCAUCAAAGUGGCAUAUGUCUGUGAGCCAUGUCAAGCAAAAAAAAAAACACGUUUUGACAGUACUUGACAAUUUUGGGGAAAAAUGAAUUUCUGUCAAUGAAUCAAAGGUCCAGCAGGUUUUUUUGUACAACCAACUCUAGCCUUUUUGCCUGUUGCUGAUUGGACAGCAUAUUUUGCCUUUUUUUGUUUUUUUUCUCUUCGAUGUUCUCAGCAGUGCAAUGGUUGAUGUCAUAAUGUUGCAUAUCAUCCUGCUUUUUCUAUGUUGAAAAUAUAAGAGACUGUUGUACUGAACCAUGGUAAUUACAAAUUGUAUUUCCUGUGGAUAUUAAUAAAACACCAACUUUUUAUCAGAUA